AUAACACAUUUUAGCCCGUGCAUACAAAGUUCAAGUGAAUAAUUUUCAAUAAAUUUCCAUGUAAUAGGAUUUUCUUUAUUCCUUUAUUUACGAGCCAUUCGUCGGUUCUUAACGGCAGUCUUACAAACAAUAUGAAUUUCUAACGUGGAAUCCAGAUUAAAAUCAUUAAAACUACUUUGUUAGCAAUAAUCGCAUCAAAUCAUGUCUGAAAAACCUGUGGUAGCAAGUGGGGCUCAACCUAUAGUAAAAAUAGGGCAUUACACAUUAGGAGCCACACUUGGAGUUGGAACUUUUGGAAAAGUAAAGAUUGGUGAACAUCAACUCACAAAACAUAAAGUCGCUGUGAAGAUCCUAAACAGACAAAAAAUAAAGUCCCUCGAUGUCGUUGGAAAGAUUAGACGAGAGAUACAAAAUCUUAAGCUCUUCAGACAUCCACAUAUCAUUAAAUUGUAUCAGGUAAUAUCCACCCCAACAGACAUUUUUAUGAUAAUGGAAUAUGUCUCAGGAGGUGAACUGUUUGACUACAUUGUGAAAAGAGGUAAACUGCAAGAGCAUGAGGCCCGUCGGUUCUUUCAACAGAUUAUAUCAGGAGUUGACUACUGCCAUAGACACAUGAUAGUCCAUAGAGAUCUGAAGCCAGAGAAUUUGUUAUUGGAUCAUAAUAUGCAUGUAAAAAUAGCUGACUUUGGUUUAUCAAACAUGAUGAUGGAUGGAGAGUUUCUGAGAACUUCAUGCGGGUCACCAAAUUAUGCUGCGCCUGAGGUUAUAUCUGGCAAACUGUAUGCAGGUCCGGAAGUGGAUGUAUGGUCAUGUGGAGUCAUCCUGUAUGCCUUACUAUGCGGUACACUCCCCUUUGAUGAUGAACAUGUCCCAACCCUGUUUAGAAAGAUCAAAUCUGGAAUAUUCCCUAUCCCUGAGUAUUUGAACAAGAGUGUUGUCAGUCUGCUAUGUAAUAUGAUGCAAGUGGAUCCUAUGAAGCGAGCGACUAUAGAAGAUGUGAAGAAACACGAUUGGUUCCAGAAGGAUCUUCCUGAAUACCUGUUCCCAUCACCUGUGGAGCAGGUAUUUAUUAACUAUGAUAGUGGAGUAAUAGACACAGAGGCAAUAGCAGAAGUCUGCGAUAAGUUUGGAGUGCGGGAGCAAGAGGUGCACAAUGCUCUAUUGAGCGGAGACCCUCAUGAUCAACUGGCGAUUGCGUACCAUCUCAUCAUUGAUAACAAACGCAUGGCAGACGAAGCUGCGAGGGCUGAAAUCAAAGAUUUCUAUGUAGCUAACAGUUCGCCGCCCGCGGCUGUAACAGAAACGCACCGUCCUCACCCGGAACGGAUAGCCCCGUUGCGAGAUAAGUCGUCACCGGCCGCUCAGCCUGCCGCCGACAAACAACGCGGCACGCCUGUCAAACGAGCUAAGUGGCAUUUGGGCAUCCGAUCUCAGAGCAAGCCCAAUGAUAUUAUGUUGGAAGUGUUCCGAGCUAUGAAAGCUUUGGAUUACGAGUGGAAAGUUAUCAAUCCAUACCAUGUCAGGGUGCGCACCCUCAACAAAAUGACGCAGAAGUAUGUUAAGAUGUCCCUCCAACUCUACCAAGUGGAUUACAAAUCUUACCUCCUCGACUUCAAGUCCCUCUCAGGAGAAAAGGAGGACCCAGAGGAUGAAACAGCCUCCCCUCUCGCCCAAACCCCCGUCACCCCCCUCCCUUCCCCCAUGCAAACACAGGGUCACCACACUAUGGAGUUUUUCGAAAUGUGCGCAGCCCUUAUUAUACAAUUGGCUCGAUAGAUUCCAUCUUGAAAUCUUUUCCAUAAUACGAAAUUAUCUAUAAUAUAACAUUAAACUAACAUUGAUUUAUUACUACGUUAGGUGAAGCAUACGAAAAUGCGUGGAUAGUGACAUAUUCGGAUCAUGUUGUCAAAAUUUGUAUUGUGCAAUAACUAAUUAGUAGGCUUAAUAUACUACAUGAAUUGCAAUGGUGUCUUCAUGAGACAAUUCUCAGUGUUGCCUACGGAAAUAUUCGCAGAUAUUUAGUUAUGGUAUUCGAUUCACAUCUCUAGUGUUUUUUUAAUGGUAUACCAUUGAUCAAAACU